GCAUAACUCGUCUGCUUAUACAUGUCGUCUGCUGUUGUUGAUAACAAACACGUGUCGAAAAUAUCGUUGCUUUGCAACAUGUUAUAUUUGAGAUCUAUUGAGUUUCUCGUUUGAUCGGCAUUUUCUUGGCAAAUACUUCGUCAAGCAUUGUGAAACAGGACCGGCAUAUUAAAAACAUAACAGGAAUUUAAAUUGAUUGUAAACUCGUCUUAAAUUAUUGUUCAAACACAACACGUGUUGGUUUAGAAUUCGGUAAUGUUUCGGCUCCGUCAAGAUCGCAUGGAUAGACUCAGAUUCAAAGAUACAUCUGCGAUUAAAACAGAUACAUUCACAGUACCAGCAGAAUAGUUCAAUUACCUGUGCAUACGUUUUGUAAAGACUGUAGCAACUGUUGUGUUGAAAUCAUUUACGAGAAACAAGCAGAAUUCACCUGGGGGAAAUUUAUCGUCUGCUCUUCGGAAAUAAGUGGCGCGUUUUCAGCUGCGAAAACUAUUCUCGUUUGCUGGGUUUUGUUAGGCGCGUGUUCUGUCUUCGCGAGGCUAAAUUGAGUGUUCUGUGCUUAUAAUAGCCAUCCGUGUGCUGUGUAUACACCCGUGUACAUAGUUCGGGAAAUUUAGUUGAUUAUCUUACCUGUGCUCAAGUGUUCUAUGCGGAUCGGGUUUGUGUAGUGAGUUGAUUUCGCGUGCGUUGACGGUUUUCUCGGAGUGCUUAGUGCUCGUGAAAAGGAAUACCUUGAAAUACGAGAAUUUAUAGUGCUAGGGGUUUAAUAGGAUUAGGGACACGCGUCUGUCUACUUUUGAAAGGUUUAAUGAAAAUGCGAAUACAAGUUUCCUAGGAAACCGACGACAUACAGAGAACGCACUCAUACCUCGCAGUAUCCUCUGGGAAGAGCUGCAAGCAUGAGUGCGCUAGUCGGAGCCAACGAGGCGCAGAGGUUGCCUAGGAAGCACGGGAAAGGACGCUUCGCGAGUAGAAAGGUUCCUAAGUCAAAAAGCUUGCAAACCUUAGAAACAAAUUUAGACGAUGUUUUCGCGGAUGAGUUAGGACAGCCUGGGGAAUUACAAAAGACUCCCUCAGUUCAUGAGCUCAGGGUUUCGAACUCUCUUUCGAAGUUAAAUGUCCCAGAUUGGUUUAAGAAAUCGUCAUUUUCCCGCAGCGGAAGCACACAAAGUCUGUUUACCUAUGCGGGCCGAGUCGGUUCAACGUCCACUCUCGGGUCGACCGCUUACUACCCGAGUAUGCCAUCCUCUCCGUCCCCGUCCGUGACCCCGGGGUCAAAUGCAGUGAUCAUACAGAAGCGCGUGACCCCUAAUAAGACAACCCCCACCUCCACGCGGCUGCUUCGCGCCCCAAUGUUGCCUGUUACCCCGGAGCGCUCCCCCAUUCAUAAUACUCCACCCGCAGUUAGUUUACCUAGUGAGAAAUUUAGGAAAACGGACUCUAGGAAAGAACUGAAACCUAUUACAAUAGUGCCUUUUGCUAAGUUACGUGAAAUGUUUGAAAGAAAAUCGCAGGAAGACCCCAACUCGCCGACUGUCUCUACUCCGACUAAAGAAAAGCCUAAAGUGAGAUUCGAAGAAAUGUGUGUUACGCACGAGACUGUAGUUCGUUCAGAAAAUCAAAAACCUGUUCAAAUUGAAAGGACUAUGUCUCCCCCUCCCCCAAUUCCUGAAAGAAAACCAAUUGUAAGUGAUAAUCAUGGAUACGGUGACGCUGCCAAUAGGAAAACGCAAGUGCAUUUCUCGGAUGAAUCGUAUGUGAGUAAAACCCAAGAGCAAGUUAAUUUUCGAGAACUCAAUAAAGCGAAUGAUCGAUCCCAAGAGCACACAAAUGAAUUAAAUCGUCAAAAUGGAACUACCCCUAGCACUAAUAAUAAAUCGAGCACUAGCACAGGUAAAAAGUCUGGUUUUAGGGCUGCUCUGCCCCAAUUUAGAUUCAGACGGCCCGGUUCUUACGUCACAAAAAUGACGUCAUCAGAAACAGAAAGCGCGCAAAGCAAAAAAGGUAAGGACAUUGAUUGCCUUGAUGGUUACUAUGGCGAAUAUACGAUAAACAAAGACACUUUUGACAAUACCCCACCCCCUACCUGGUUGCAUGCUCUUGAGUAUAAAGCUAAAAUUGAUGGCGAAACUUUAUUUGAAUUUUUACAGAAACGACGGUAUAGCAGUAUUUUGGAGAACGGGUUUGCCGAACAACUUGACGAGCUGCAAGAAAAGGACGCGAUUUUCAGGUUUCCGGUCAUGACAGUCAAUCACCAUUCCAUCAACGGUUCCGGUCCCAAUAUGGCGGACAGCGCCGGGGAUCUUCGCGUUAUUCUUACCAAUGUGUACAACAACAGAGUUCAGAAUGGAUACCUGCAUAGUCGGCUUCGCGGCGGCGCGCCCAUCGAUGACGUCCUUGACGGUCUUCUGUUACUAGAUGGCUACUCGACGGGUCGAAUGAAAGUCAACGAAAAUGGCCGAAUAGUUCCGAGGAGCGCCGAAACUCCAGAUACCCCUCCUGGCUUCGUGUUUCCGUAUCCGGUUAGUGCGCAGAUUGGAAAAGAUGGGACAUUAAGUGAGAACGGUGAUGGAGAGGCGAUUCAGUCGGAAUACGUGCUGAUUAGGUGUGAGGCACCCCAUUGUCAGCGCGAAACUAACCUCAAAGAGGCCCGGAAGUACUUUAAAUCGUGUCAUAGUUGUUUUACAUAUUACUGUAGCAGAACCUGUCGCAAGGCGGACUGGUUCGCUCACAAGCGCAUGUGUGUGUUUAGCAAGCUUAACAGUGCGUGUAAGCAUGUGAUAAAGCAUAUUAACAAACAGCCACAUUUACAGUACCAGUGUUCGAGAAUCGCUCGCCGCGGGUACCUGUCCCAGGGUCGCGGCUGCGUCGUGUUCGCGUUUCCGGAUAUCAGCUCCGCAGACGAGUUUCUGAACUUCGGAAUGGAGCGUCUGUGCGUGCCUCCUAUCUACGUACCGCUUAAGGAACUCCCCAACGCGGAAAUGCUCGGUUCGAAGCUGGAAAUACUCAGUGACACUUGCAAACAGUAUAACCCGGAACUCAAGUAUGUCAUCCACGUCGCUAUAGUGAUUCCUUUUCAGUUGCCGUCAAGGCCGGUUCCGCGGCGAAUGGAAUCGAUUAUUCAAAAAUGUGCCAAAUUAAGACUAAGCCCGGCUCACAUGCAUCCAAAACAAGAACACUCCGAUAUCCCGUCGACGCUCAUUCUAACGGCCGUCCCGGGGAACCAACAUGCAGAUGACUUCGAUGGGCGAAAAACGCGGGAAUUGUGUUUCAUAAAUAUUCAGCGGAAGUUACGCAAUCGUGGUGUAAGUUUACGUCAUAAAUUCCCGGUUGUGUACAAUAAGUUAAUCGAUUUUGUGUCCGACGCGAAGCAUUUCAGUCCUUUGAUUAUCUACCCGAUGGACAGUCGAACCGGAAGGAAGUUUAUGUGCGUGAUCAUGCCGGAAGCGGAGCCGGAAAUCGAGUGGAUAAGAGACCCGGAUCUAUUCCAUGAACUCGGUGUAUUCGAUGACGACGAAGCAAACGGAAGCACUUCGAAUUUAUCGAAUCAUUUGCAGCCGGAAGUUAUGUUGUAAUGUCAAUGUUUUUAUUUAGCAGUUUUUGGAUGCCAUAGUUUUCACAUGUUAUAUGUAUCACAUUGUUUGAGCAAUAGGAUCUUGCUAUUAGCUGGUUUGAUUUUGUUACGACUCACCUGUUUUUUUCCACACAUUUCACAUUUUCUGUGAAUGUAUGAUCACAGGCAUGACUAAAACUGUAUUGAAUAUGUGCCUA